AUGUCUUUGGAGGACUUUGAGAGACAUUUCGACUCGCUGACUUCAGAUUUGGACGGAGGGUCUGUGGUCAGCGAGCGAUCAGCUUCAGGCACAUUUAAUGGCGAGGAGGAGAAGCUGCAUUACAUUCCUAUCAAGAUCCUUGGAAAGGGGGCGUUUGGUGAAGCCACCCUCUACAGAAGGACGGAGGACAACUCCCUGGUUGUGUGGAAGGAGGUGGACCUGAACUCGCUCUCGGAGAAGACCCGCCGAGAAGUCAUGAAUGAAAUAAGCAUCCUCGCCAUGCUGGAGCACAACAACAUCAUUGCCUACUUCAAUCACUUCAUGGAUAGAAAUACUCUGCUGAUCGAGAUGGAGUACUGCAACGGUGGAAAUCUGAACGACAAAAUCAUCCAGCAAAGGGGGAAGCUUUUCUCUGAAGAGAUUAUUAUAUGGUACUUGUACCAAUUAGCCUCUGCAGUGGCCUACAUUCACAAGGCUGGGGUCAUACAUCGAGACAUCAAAACUCUGAAUAUUUUCCUAACAAAGACCAACCUCAUGAAACUGGGAGACUAUGGCCUUGCAAAGAAGCUAGACUCUGAGUUUUCGAUGGCAGAGACAUGUGUGGGAACUCCUUAUUACAUGUCACCUGAGCUGUGCCAGGGUUCAAAGUACAACUUCAAAUCAGACAUUUGGGCAAUGGGUUGUGUCCUUUUUGAAGUUAUGACGCUUAGGAAGACAUUUGAUGCCACGAACCCUCUAAACCUGUGCGUGAAAAUCGUCCAAGGAAACUGGACGAUGGAUGUGAACACAGAUAUUUAUGGGAGUGGAUUAAUCCAGUUGGUGUACGAGUGCCUCAAUCAAGAUCCUGCAAAGAGGCCUACUGCAGAUGAAAUCCUGGACCAGCCUUUAAUAUCCUCCUGCCGACAGGAGCUAGAGGAGCGAGUUGUUAUGCUGAAUUCAGCGAUGAAAAAACCAAAGCUGAGCACAGUGAGUGAGACUCCUGUUGCUGUGGUGACGACACGCUCAAGGGACGUUUAUUAUUGGGGAGGAGGAAAGUUCACCCCCCAGAAGCUAGACUCCUUCAAAGGUGGCAGCGGCGCCCAACAUGUGUGCGCAGGGGAGAAUCACUUUGCAGUGGUGACUGUGGAAAAGGAGCUGUAUACAUGGGCUAAUGUGCAAGGUGGAGCAAAGAUGGUGGGCCAGCUUGGGCAUGGGGACCAGGCGUCUUACCGACAGCCAAAGAGGGUGGAGAAGCUUCAGGGGAAGGCGGUCAGGCAGGUUGCAUGUGGGGCUGACUUCACUGCCUGUGUGACGGAUGAAGACCAGCUCUACAUGUUUGGGUCGGACUACUACGGCUGCAUUGGUGUUGAAAGCACAAUGGGCAUGGAGAUUUUGGAGCCGGUGCUUCUGGAGUUUUUCGAGGACCGCCAUGUCCGGCAGGUUUCCUGCGGAGACAACCACGUUGUGGUGCUGACACAGAAUGGUGGCAUCUACUCGUGGGGCUGCGGAGAGUACGGGCGUCUUGGCCUUGAGUGUGAGGAUGAUUUCUCUUCUCCAAUGAAAGUGGAAGUUCCUAGAGGUGCGAGCAUUUCCUCUGUGUCGUGUGGCAGCGAUGGAACCUUCUUUCUUACGGCGAUGGGCAAAGUCUUGGCAUGUGGAAACAACGAUUUCAACAAGCUGGGGUUGAACCAGGGCAUCUCUGGUAUCAAAAACCACUCCGGAGAGGCUUAUCAGGGGACACCGUACAUCACCACGCUGACCUUGGUCAAACAGCUGUCACGCUUCAAAAUUAAAGCCAUAGCACCGGGAAAGAGCCAUACAGCUGCCAUUGAUGAACGAGGUCGUCUGAUAACUUUUGGUUGCAACAAGUAUGGGCAGCUGGGUGUGAAGGACUUCAAGCGUCACCAAGGCGUCCAGCUCCUUGUUGGACCUUUUGGAGGGAAGACGGUAAACAAAGUGUCCUGUGGAGAUGGAUUCACCAUUGCAGCCACUGAAGACAAUCAGAUAUUUGCAUGGGGAAAUGCAGGAAAUGGACGACUUGGAAUGCCUGCAGACAAAGGAUUUGGUUCAGAGGUUUGCCCUGCUAUGCCAAGGCCUAUAUUUGGUUCCCUUCACCAUGUACCUGACCUCUCCUGCCGAGGCUGGCAUACCAUUAUCAUUAUGGAAAAGGUACUCAACUCAAAGACCAUCCGUUCAAAUAGCAGUGGAAUAUCAAUUGGGCUUGGCCAGGAGGCAUCGACUUCAUUGGAGGAUCUGGAUAUAGAACCUGAAUCGGAGACGGAAUGUCGCAGCGGCAGCCUUGGAGGAACUCGGGAGGUCAACACAGAAGAGGGCCUCACAGAUGCACCAAUGAUGACUUUUGGAAACCAGACCGGGGACAGUUCUUGUCCUCUGUGGCUUAGAAAGGAGCUAGAGGAUGCAGAGUAUAUCCCAAUGCCAGAGGAUUCGGAGCAGUCUUCUCAUGACCAGCUGUUGUCCGUUUCGGAAAGCGUAACUCGGCCGUAUGAAGAGCUGAAAGAGCUCACGGCGGCAGCAGAGGCUGUAAGCAGUGAGGCAGGAUCAGAGACAAGACGCUUGAGCUGUGAUAAACUGAAAUGUUUAGAUGGGAGCACAAAUGGGGAGUACGGUGCAUGCUGUAAAGCCAGCAGCGAGGUGGCUCAGCUAAAAGAAACGGUUUCCAAUCAAGAGAAGAGGAUUGAGAUGCUUGAGAAGCAGAUCCGGGAGCAGCAAAAGGAAAAUGAAAAGCUGUGGGCGGCAAUCAAUCGCUCCCAGCAGCAGGAAAAAGACCGAAACGGAAACCGUCGCUCUGAACCCGUGACAAGCAAAGUAGUAAGCAGGAGAAGAUCCGGAUUGACAAACCAUGGGGGCAGAUCUGCUGGAGCCAGUGUGUGAGAUUUAAACCAACAUCAAAGCAAUGCUGUAUGAUGAUAGUUUUACAUAAAUAAUAUGUAUUACAUGCAAACGUUUCUCCUGGGUUUCUCCUGAAAUGUUGCAUGGGUUCCACAAGAUCCACCAAACCUUAAUAUAUGAGAGACAAUCUGAACACAGAUUAGCUCUGCUGUCGGGAUACUAUCUCCUUUCAGUUUCAGCACUGAGUCUUCAGUUAUCUAUGACUAAAAAUUAGUUGUUUUUUUAUUUUACAUAAUAGUCUGGAUUAGCUCCUGCAGGCAGAGAACUCUUUGCUGAUGGAUCCCACAUGAGAGGGUGGGCAGCUCAUCCGUUUGCAUCAUCAGUGUGAACACAAAGCUUCAGGAAUCACUUAUGUCCAACGUGUCAGAUUAUCUUCUGUGGCCUUAACUAAACAGCCUUUUGAAAUAUAUAUUUAACAUCUUGCCUUUCACAGUUAAAUAUAUACUACUUUACAAGCUUGCAUGUUCUAUUUUUAAAAAUAAUAGUGUGAAACACAAAACUACUGAUUUAUUUUUGUAACACAUGUUUAGGCCUUUAAAUAUGUUAUUAAAGGUGAGUGUUUACCUUUGGGGAGUUCUGAACACUUGAACAGUUUCUGUAAGCUGUAUUACAUGUGGUCCUUAUCAUAACAUUUACAUUACAGACGGACUUCCUUCUUUGCUUUUCAAGCCUAUGUUUCUAUUUUAUACUUUUUAAAUGUGUAAAUGUAACCUUUUCUGCAUCAUUUAUAAAAGCAGAACUGUUUUAUUGGAUUGUGUAUGUUUUUUUUUUUGGUGGGGGUGAGUCAAGUUUGCUAUUUACUUUUAUGCACACAAUAUGUACAAUAGAUGUCUAUUGUUUUUCCUCUAGAUUGUGGAAGAUUUUCAUUCAUUUGCUGUUUAACCAACAGAUAUCAGAUAUUUUGGGUCAGCGUGUCAUUGAAGAUUCAAUUAUUUUACCACCAGACUUCUGUUUUUUUUUUUUUUUUUUUUUCCUCACCAUUUUUCCAGGAUGAAAGCACCACCUUGUUUAGUACAAUAUUGUUCUGAUGAUGCGAAAGACUGUACUUUGUACCUUAUUAUCUUUUUUUUUUCUUUGUGUGUUUGUUUCUACUUUGAGCACUUUAUUUCCAACCCUUUUUUUAAAUUUCAAGGGGAAAUGUUUGUUGUGAAACCUAUGACCAGGACCGCUUCUAUAGCUGCAGAGUUUUCCCAAGUCUAUGGGCAUGUGAGCUGUUAUUAGUUCACACUUGCAGCGUUUCUAUGCAGUAAACCAAUGAAUUAGAACAACUGCAAAUAUGACAAUACUGUGCUUUAGGGAAGAUGUUAUAUUUGGUUGUGUUAGAUGCUUUUUUUUUUUUUUUUGUCUGUAGUUCACCAGCUGUAUGUUUACCGUCAUUGGUUCUGUCAACAUGUUUCAUCAUCCCUCAAUUGUGUUUAGUGUCCAAACCAGAAAUAAAACACAGCUGCCUAAAAGUUUGAA